UCAGCCCGGAUUUGGUCAAACCAUGUGCAACCCGGGUGGUUGGCCCGUUGGAGCAAGUCAGCAGGCUUCUCCUCGUGGGGCAUCGUUUUUUGUUGUGCCUCUGGGUGCGGCGUCGUUCUCUUGGCUGAGAUUUCACUUGGAGACUGCAGCAACGAGCAUAGCACUGGAAAUUGAAACCCUAAAUCAAUUUUGGCCUCUGGAAACGAAUAGGCGACCUCUGUUUCAUCUACCACUCUAGUGCUCGCGUUCGUCGGGUGGCGUCGUCGUCAUGGUGGCCAAAGAGUGGCACGAAGCGACUAUAUGGGAAGGAUUGGUGGUAGUGAAAGUCACCGGGGAGAUAAGGAGACCGAUGGACUUGAAAGAGAUGAAAGGCGGUGGUGAGUUUCAUCAUUCGUGGCGGUGUCGGUGGAGGUUCGGGAGAGAGUUUGUGAAUUGGGCGGUGGGUGCAAAAGAGAUGGGAAGGCCGGGGCGGCGGGGAGGGGGACUGAACGGUACCCACCUGCAAGGGUUUCCAAUUAAUUGUAAAAAUUUGGGGAUGGUUUUGUUCGUUUAUGCAAAAUCAUAUUGAAAGAAUUAUUAUUAGCUUUUUGAUUAUGCUUUGAUUUUUCUUUUCUCAUCAUUUUAAGUUUUAUUAAAUUUUUAUUAUGUUGGAUUUAAGUUUAUGUUAUAUGAUGAAUUUAAGUGUAUUGAAUUUUAACUGGUGUUAAAUUUUUAAUAUGCUGAAUUUAGGACAAGUACAAUAUAGUGACCAUUUCUAUAUAUCCGUGCUAAUCCGAACUAAAACGGGUGACCCAUUAACCCAUUACCCACUAGCUCGAUCGAGUCCGGAUCGACCCGCGGGUUGACAACCUUGCAAAUCUGAGUUCAUGAGCACGUUUGUUAACUACACAUAGUUCAGGGUUAACAAAAUAAUUAAACCCUUCCCUAAAUUAACAAAAGAAGUGUCUCCAACGUAGCCUAUCGAAUUGGUGGUUUACUACUCUGAACCAAAAAAUCAUAGCUUCGACCAUACAAUGCUCGUAAUUCCUCGUACCUUGGAAUUGGAGCGGGCCAACAGGAGGCCUUAGCCUGGAACAAGCGCCAAGGAGGCAAAACCGGCCAUUCUUCAGCAAUGACCUCUAGGUCUCUCCCUGUGCUCAAAUUACGUGACAUAAUAACACAUUUAUCGCUAAUAUAAUUGUAAAAGACAAUUUCCGACUUCUUUGAAUGCAGACAAUGAAACAGAAUGCCCACAAGUCCGUACUUCAUACUCGAGGUCCUCAGACACCCUUCACACAGUUUCUUCCAAGAUCUACGAUUUUCUUCCAGUCUCCAAACACUAGUUACACACCUUGACCGAUCUACAGUAGAUUUGUUCUCCUCUUUGAAUUUGAAACCGAAAAAAACCUUCUUCGACUUCCUCGAAACGGGAGAAACACCAAUGUACAUGGGAGGUAUAUCAAGCCGGCAAGGAUUGAACACGGCAAUCGAAUAGGGAUUGAAUUUCAACGCACUAUCUUGAGCACUCAGAUCACCCUAAGCAACUCUCCACUGCAGGAUAUGACAUUUUUCAGUACUUUCUUGUCACGACCAUCAAGAACCAGCGCCUCCUUGGUCCAUUCUCCGGACUCUGAACGGAACACGUCUAGUUUCGUCGAUUCGCAUCUUGAUAUACACACACCACCAGUGGCGGAUUCAGAAAAUUUUCACAGGGGUGUCCUCUUCAAAAGUUAAAUUUAAUUAAAUAAUAAAUUAAAUAAUUUGUAUAUUAAAAAUAUCAUACUUGUAUAAUUUUUUAUUAAAAUUCAUGAUGUGUUUCCAUAUUUUGAAAAAAUAAUAUAAAAAACUUCGUGUCUGCACUGUUCAAAAAAAAAAUCUACAUAUCCUACUAGACAAUACUUCACGAACAUAUCACAUAUUCGAUUUCUAACCUUGUUCUUAAUGUAACCAUAAAAUCAAUUCAAAAUUAAGGGUAGCGUGUACAUAGUUUAAUUAUUAGCUAUUGAAAAUAGUUGGGGAUAAAAAAAUAGUGUUUUACUGUUGCAUGAUGUUUAAAAUAGAUUAACAAAUGAGUAGCAACAUAAUUAGAAUAUGUUUGAUAAUAGUAGUGUCCUAGGUUGGAAUAACACGGACUACCACUUAUAUUUCUUAAUCAUAAGCAAACUAUUAUCGAGGGUAGGAUAAUCAUUUUUUCAAAUGUUAGGGUGUCUCGGAUUACCAAUUAUAUUUUGUAUAUCCAUACGAAACUACUACCGAAGGUUUGAUAAUCGUUUUCCCAAAUUUUAGUGGUGUCCCGGGACACCCCUACAAGCCCAUGUAUCCGCCCCUGCACACCACAUAGAACCGGUACUUGGAAGAAACAGUCACCUGAUCGUCUCCUCCUAGAUUGAGGGUAUGAGAAACAAGGGGUUCACAAAUUAACCUCACAGUCAGUUUUCAAUACCCAACGGCCUUUCAGGCGCCAGAGGCAGAGGGAUCCGUUGCUUCGUAAACGGAUGAUUGCGGAGCAAGUACAAUGUUCAAAAUUCCUCCUUAAUUGAAUCCGCGAAUAAGUCACCAAACCCGCUUAAGAGCAAGUGGUUGUAGGAGUCCAGAACCCGAAUGCUCGCAUGUUUGGAUAUGCUACAUUUGCAUCAUAAUUUGGAACUAAGUGAGAUUGUUAGGGAUUGGACUAAGAAUACGGGGAUGGUGAGGACCAAAAUCGGAUAAAAAACACGUUUAAUGUGGUUUAGAUCACUUAUUACUUUAAUUUGAAGAUGAUUAUUGGAUUGAAUUCAAAACAAAAAAUUUAAAUUUGGCAAUUUAAAGGCAAAUCAAAAUUAUCAUUGAGCCACAGUGACAUUACAUAAUCCAACCAAAAAAGGCGAAUCAUGACCAAAUUGUCCAACCAACCAACAGUAUGUGGUUUAAGAAAGAAAAAAAUGAGAUGGGCCGCGUCACUUACUCAAUUGGGCCCGGCCCCAGAAAAGCGCAAACAACUCGGCCCAGGGGCCUUCGGAAAUCUAGUACGGAACAUUUAAUCCGAGCGGAAGCCCACUGAGUUUACCUUCACCUUGUCCUCUUCGGAUACGUACGAUGUCUUUUGAUUUAUGUUUUAUGUCUUCCUGUUCUUUCCAAAACUCAUCUAUACCACCAAUAAAAACUCUAGGUCUAGGGAUUUCGAUCUCUUGGCUGCUCUCCAACCUUCCCAAGCUCACCGCAUACUUUCUCAGCCGGCGGCGUCAACCUCCGUCCAUCCGGGCAUAUCUCUACCCCCCAUGGCGACCGGGAACUGCCCCUUACCUUGGGAUUCGUUGUCCAGAAAACGACGCCGGGCAGAUGUCGUAAACCCUCCUCCUCCUCCCAUCAGCAAACUCGGCGACGAUCUCCUCAUAGAAAUCCUGAUUCGCGGCCUCACGGAUCUCAGAUCCGCCUGCCUGAGCAAACCCGUCUGCAAGCAGUGGAACUCCCUCAUCUCCAGCCCCGCCUUCAAUCGCCGUUUCGUGUCUCACCACGAAGAGCCGCCUCUGCUUCUCCCCUCGCACGACCCUCAAUCGAUCAUCCUGAGCUUUCUCCCCGUGCCUGCCGAGCCUCGACAGGAUUUCAGGGUUCUGGACUCCUGCAACGACUUGCUCUUAUGCGGGUUUGGUGACGUAUACCAAUAUCAAAUUGAAGAGGAAUUCCGCAGACUGUACUUGCUCUGCAAUCCGUUUACGAAGCAAUGGAUCGCCCUGCCUCUGGCGCCCGAAAGGCCGAUUGGGUAUUUGAAACUGGCUGCCAGGUUAGUUUGUGAACCCCUUGUUUCUCAUAACCUAGAUCUAGGAGGCGAUGAUCAGGUCACUGUUUGUUCCGAGUACCGGUUUCGCGUGGUAUGUGUGUAUCAAGAUGCGAAUUCGACGAAACUAGACGUGUUCUGUUCAGAGUCCGGAGAAUGGACCAAGGAGGCGCUGGUUCUCGAUGGCCAUGUGAAGAAACCACUGAUAAAUGCCGUCUCCUGCAAUGGAGAGUUGUUUUGGGUGGACUCGAGUGCUCGAAAUGGCUGUGAUUUGAAUCCCCAUUCAAUUGUGGCGUUCAAUCCUUUCCGCCUCGAUAUACCUCCCACUUACAUUGACGCUUCUCCCGUUUUUGGGAUGUUGAGGUGGGAUCUUUCAGUUUUUGGGAUGUUGAGGUGGGAUUUUUCAGUUUCACGUGGUGCUCUACACUUGGUCACAUUCGAAGAGGAGAAAUCUACUUUUGAUCGGUCUAGGUUUGUAGCCAGCGUUUGGAGACUCGAAAAAGAUCGUAAAUCGUGGAAGAAACUGUGUGAAGGGUGUGUGAGGACCUCGAGUUCAAAGUACGGACUUGCGGGCAUUCAGUUUCAUUGUCUGCAUCCAGAGAAGUCGGAAAUUGUCUUCUACAAUCAUAUUAGCGAUAUAUGUGUCGUUAUGUCCUGCGAUUUGAGCACCGGGAGAGACCUAGAGGUCAUUACUGAAGAAUCGCCGGUUCUGCCUCCUUGGCGCUUGUUCCAGGCUAGGAGGGCCUCCUGUUGGCCCUCUCCAAUUCCAAAGUAUGAGGAAUUACGAGCAUUAUAUGGUCGAAGCUACGACUUUUUGGUUCAGAGUAGUAAACCACCAAUCCCAGAGGCUACGCUGGAUACACUUCUUUCUUGGGUGGAUUUAUAGACGGGUUUGUUGCUUUUUUACCCUUGAACUAUAUGUUUUGUUAACAAAUGUGCUCAUGAACUAAUAAUAAGAUUUGUAACAACUUGUGGACCCUUCAGCUAUCUAUUUUCAAUAAUGUCGAUAAGCCUUGCAUCCAACUUUGUUACUUAUGUGUACCAUUAAUGAAUGCUCGAAAGUUUCUUGUAAAUGAAAAAUGAAAUUAAAGCAAAUGCUAAUAUUCUAGUUGGAUGGGAAAAUGAAUGGAAGGGUAUUAUGUGUACGUGUACCAUAGCUUGGCUCGACAAUUGCUCGUCACUAAAGCCAUCCGGUGUUACGCAUGGCCGAUGACAAAUUUUCAUCUACGAGUAAUUUUAUCGAAAUUUAAGUAAACUCAUUGACAAUGAUUAGAGUAUAGUAGCACAUCAACAUAUUUUAGCUGCUUAGGCAUUUAGAUAAAGAGUGUCCCUUUGUGAGACAGUAAAUCUAAAUAAUAUAUAUAGUAUUGGAUCUUGCACCAGCCCACUUAUAUGGGUCCGAAUCUCGUCAGUAUCUCUAUAGUGAGUAACAUUGGAUAACCUUAUCAUCAACACCCUCUGCCAAUUAUAUUUCCCGCUCAGGUCGCUGGAUCAUUAUUACCCUUGGCUUGAUCAAGGGGAAGCUAUAAUUCAUGGUGCAAAUGCAAGUAGAAGAGGUUAGGGCGAAAACAAAGGUGGUCAAAGAACUCGGGCUUGAAAUCGGGAACACGGAACACAAAGAAAUCCAACAGGAGUAAAAGCUGAGUUUGGAAGGCUGAAAACUGCGCUCCCGUACGAUUCAUGGGCGGUGGCGUGUGUAAGCAGUUGUGAAAAGGUAGUGCAAGCACUGUGUUUUUUUUACAAUUAAUCCAACUUUUAUUUCACCUUCGAACAAAGUAUGCAAAUUACAUUAUCAGAAAUUAAAUCAAGAAUAUUAAUCCAGUCAUCAGACAGAUUAGAUCUCGCUUUUGAUCGUGCCACCCAAUCCGCUCUGACAUUCAAUGCUCGUGGCACCUCUUUGACUUUAAUGCCAGGAUUUAUCCUAAGGAUACUAAUCAUCGAACCAAUCCAUGUUGCACAGCGCUAUGGCCAUCCUGAUUUCUCUUUAUCCAAUGCUUUCACCAGCACCUGACAGUCAGAUUGGACAAUGCAUUCUGAUCCAUAUUCUUGUGCUAAUUUUAAACCUUCUAAGAGAGCCUUUGCUUCCGCUUCAAUCGGGGUGGAACAAAACAGAGUCUCAGCUCGCCCAUCACACACUUGUCCAUGGUGGUUAACCGCAACAACACCAUAAGCCGCCGACUGGGAGUCGCUAAAGAACGACCCAUCACAGUGAAUCUCCAUAGGAUGAUUACUUGGCGGGGAAGUCGUAGUGGAAUGGGUUCCCCCUGAGCUGAGUCGAGGAGGCAGGAGUAGGGGGAUUAAGCCUCGGGCAAGAUAUCCAUUUAGAGAGUUCUCCGUAAGUUUGCAGACCGACGUUCGGGGGCCAAGGAACUCUAUUCUUGAACGUACAUUCAUUCCUUGCCUUCCAUAUAUUCCAGUAAAGGAAAACGAUAUGG